AUGCCUGUACAAUCUGGCAGCACCUGUGUCUGUGUACCAACAAACUGUACACCUGGCAGCGAUCUGUGUCCAAACAACCUGUAUACCUGGCAGCGAUCUGUGUCUGUGUACCAACAAUCUGUACACCUGGCAGCGAUCUGUGUCCAAACAACCUGUAUACCUGGCAGCGAUCUGUGUCUGUGUACCAACAAACUGUACACCUGGCAGCGAUCUGUGUCCAAACAACCUGUAUACCUGGCAGCGACCUGUGUCUGUGUACCAACAAACUGUACACCUGGCAGCCCCCUGUGUCUGUGUACAAACAACCUGUACACCUGGCAGUCCCCUGUGUCUGUGUACAAACAACCUGUACACCUGGCAGCGACCUGUGUCUGUGUACAAACAGCCUGUACACCUGGCAGCCCCCUGUGUCUGUGUACAAACAGCCUGUACACCUGGCAGCAAUCUGUGUCUGUGUACAAACAGCCUGUACACCUGGCAGCAAUCUGUGUCUGUGUACAAACAGCCUGUACACCUGGCAGCCCCCUGUGUCUGUGUACAAACAGCCUGUACACCUGGCAGCCCCCUGUGUCUGUGUACAAACAGCCUGUACACCUGGCAGCGACCUGUGUCUGUGUACAAACAGCCUGUACACCUGGCAGCGACCUGUGUCUGUGUACAAACAGCCUGUACACCUGGCAGCGACCUGUGUCUGUGUACAAACAGCCUGUACACCUGGCAGCGACCUGUGUCUGUGUACAAACAGCCUGUACACCUGGCAGCGACCUGUGUCUGUGUACAAACAGCCUGUACACCUGGCAGCGACCUGUGUCUGUGUACAAACAGCCUGUACACCUGGCAGCGACCUGUGUCUGUGUACAAACAGCCUGUACACCUGGCAGCGACCUGUGUCUGUGUACAAACAGCCUGUACACCUGGCAGCGACCUGUGUCUGUGUACAAUCUCCUGGUCCCUCCUAGCCAGCCUGUAUACUGCAUAGCAUUGAAUGAUCCCAGACAAUGCGGUUUGUUAAAUCUGUCAGAUAUGGUUGGAAUGUUUUGCUCAGGUAAAUAGCAUCCCUUGCGGGAUCUGUGAAAGGCUAAAAAAGGAGACAUAAACAAAUCCACAACAAUGAAGGAGAUGGGAUUUGACAUUUUGCCAGAUCUGCGAUGCACUUCGGAGGAGCAUAAAGAGAUGGAAGAGAUAAAGGUUGAUUGAAAGCAGAUCUGACGGUUUACCUGGGAAUUAAACUCCAUCCAAUUCAUCUCAUAAGGGCCGGGGCUCUAAUUAUCCCCAAUUUGUAGCUAAUUAAAAAACACAAUGACUUCUUAAAGACCACAAAUAAACAACACACGGGUUAAUAACUUAGACAUUUCUAUACUGAUUAAAAUGACAUUGUGGUGAUUUGACUUCCUUUUCUUUUUACAUACGGAUGUCAUGACAUUUCAAGCUAUUAAAACUUUUACAGAAUUGCAAACAAAACCUUUAUUGUAAUAUAUUGUAGAAAGUGACCGCAGAUAGGAAACACAGAGACAUUUGUAUAGCGAAUAAACACGGUAAAGACUUUGGUCUGCUCAGUAAAUCCUGGAAUAAUAUAUCAGAGAGAUAAUUCCGUCUGAGUUUGGCUUGCAUUCACAAUACACUGUGCAGUUAGUAAACCCUUACUGAGAAUCCUGUCGGUAUCCAGCCUCUCGAGGGUUAGAGCGACUGAUGGUCUAUUGUUUGCCUAGACUGUUAGCGUACGGACAGAUCACUACCAUAGUAAUUAGGAUGACCCGGCGGGUAACGAGGAUACCUGCACUCUGGGUUUAUUUAUUAUAGAGAAUUGACAAGGUCCAAAUAACUCAAUUUGAAUGAUAGUUUCACGUAUGAACGGAUUGUUCCCUCAGUUGCUUGCGGUGAUCUCAGGAUCAGCACCACGGCCAGAGCUGCAGGCCGAGCAUUGCUGAACAUGGAAAAGCAUCCAUUUACAGGCAGUGUCUGGAAGCAGUUUAAGGGCUUCCAGGCUCGAAUUACACUGUUAAUGAGCUGUACUAGUCCAUAG